AUGGCUACAAGUGAUGCCAUGGUUUGCAUUUAUAUCAACGAUCUGUUUGAUGAACUGAUCACUGAAAAUACAAGACUAACUAAUGAGUUAAUGUUUGUCCAUAAAUAUCUUAAACUUUUCAAUGAUAUGCAAAAACAUUUGACUUCAAUAUACAGCAAAUAUGAAACACUUAUUGCCAGAGAAGAUAUAAAAGUGUGGAAAACAUUAGAGCAAUUAGUAGACAACAAAACUAUUGAUAAUAUCGAUGAAAAACAAUCAUUGAUACACAACAUGACGAUUGACAAUCAAGAGUCAACAAGAAAUAGUUGUACAGAUUUAGUUGAUUGUCGAUCACAAUAUAAUGACCAAUUGGUCGAUGAGUUAUCAUCGAUGGACAGUCCGACGACUGACAAGUCAUCGACUAAACAGUUGCCCAAAACCACAAGUCAUAGGAUAAAGAAAUCAAUGAUAACAACUAGAAAAUCGACAAAACGUUUCGAUAAGAUCUUAAGCGAUGAUAGAUGUGACAAAUCAGACGAUCAAUCAAAUGGUAAUCACAAUUAUAAAUCACAACUGAAGACUAAGAAAAACAAAUGCUAUUUGUGUCCCAUUGGCGACUGUGGCCGACAAUUCACAGCCGAAGGUCGACUUAAAAAACAUUUAGUUAUCUCUCAUUAUAAUCCAAAACUAUACGUUUGUCGAUAUUCUGGUUGCGGAAAGACGUUCAACAAAAAGUUUUCAUACGAUAGACAUACCAUAAUUCAUACAGAAAAUCGUCAGACAUACCAGUGCUCUGAAUGCAACAAAUCGUAUACCACUGAGAGAGUACUUGUCAUACAUAAGAUGGCUAUGCAUUCAAUGAUUAAAACAUUUAAAUGUGGUUUCGAUGGAUGCGAUCAAUGGUUUUUCAAACCAAAUCAACGUAUAUUCCAUAGAAAGACUGUCCAUAAUAUCAUAUAUAGACAAACAUAUAGGAGCUGUCAAUGGCCCGGUUGUGACUAUCAGACCAAUCGUAAGGGUGAAUAUGUGGCCCAUCAGCGUAUACAUACCGGUGAACUACCGUUUGAGUGCCAGUGGCCGGACUGUGGUAAAAGAUUUCGUAGAAAACUUGAUUACCAAAAACAUCGCGAUUGCCAUUUGAAUAGUAAACGAUGGAUAAAUACCUAA